AUGCUGCUAAACUCACAUGUAGUUGCACUCUACGAACGACUUUCUGUUCUCUCCACUGCUGCGAUACAACGUGAGGUGCAGGCGUUCCUUAAUCUCCCAAGCAAUAACAAUAACAGUUCCCAACAAAAACAACAACAACAAUUGCUAAAUGAUGUAUGUGUAUUGUUGGUGAAAAGCGGUGAAUGGCGACGGGCCCUUACUGUGGCGAGUGCACUUCCACAACCACAGGCACUUACUCUUAUCACCGCAUUGGGAUUAACAGAAUCAAAGACACCACAAACACCGCCAUUAACUGAGACUGCAAAGAGUAUAAACACAACGGAACUCCAUGAAAUGUCAAAUGAGGCAUUACUGCGUUUGGGUUUCGCCCUACAGAGGCCACAGUCACAACAUAAAGGUGACACCACAGGGAAACAUCACACAUAUAAUAAUAUGAAUGUACAACAACAGCAACAAGAACUGUUUAUGGAAUUUCGACGGCGACGACGAUAUAAAGAGCUCAUACAAUGUGUAAUGAAUUGGAAAUUUAAAGGUCUUAUUCCAUCAAGAAAAAAGAUGAGUAAAGGCAUUGACCUAAAUGAUGAUUCUAUUCGUAUGGGAUUGGAUAAUAAUUACAGGGAAUUGUCUAGCUCUUAUACUACAACUGGUGUUGCGGCUUCCGAAACACCUUUUAACGCUGAAGAAGCCUUACGAGGACUCAUCUUUAAUGCCUCUUCUAGUAAUCAUUGGGUAGAGGCGUUGCGGGAGUGUCCGGCAUUUUUUAUCACUACACUUCGGGAACCAACAGCAGCAUUGCAAUUUCUUCGCAAGACGAGCGUUGAGACAGUGACACAUUUCAUUUUAUUUAUCUUAAGAGGUGGUAAUGCUACUAAUACGAAUACUAGCUCUAAUACUAAUAAUAAUACUACUAAUACUACUGCUAAUGUGUUUUCACAUCCACCGGUUCUGGCUCACGGUCUGUUGGAGCAGCGUGUCGCUUGGGACACAAUCGCAUCACUUCUUUUCGCAUUGCGGCCACAUUUGGAGCGGGAACGCAAAGUUGUGAAAGAAGAUCUUUUACACGCAAUGCUGAAUGCGCUGCGAGAGGAGGCGGCAGUAAUAAUAACAACAACAACAAAAGAUAAUUCAAGUAUAACCGCACGAGAACGUGUGAGAGCGGCGACGGCCGCUGCAAAUGAUACUCGUCGUCAAUCCAUUCAAUCUGCUGUGGAAGGACUCUGUGUGUGUUUAUCACAACGCAAUGAGGCCCAGACUCGGUUUAUUGGUCUCCCGCUCUUUACGGAGAUUGCCCUCACACUGCGGGACUGCGGUAUAGCUAUUCCUAGCGCACUACUGCAGUGUAUCUUUCUUUGUAUUAGCGACGCCCAACGCUAUCAAAGAUGUGAUCCAUCUAAUUCCCUUUCAUCAUCAUCACUGCAGUGUUCAGCGGAACGAGAACUGCUUAUGAAUAUUCUAAGCGACGCCCCCGCCGAUCGGUGGGUCCCAGGGCUGCAGUUAUUGCAAUUGUGUAGUGCGAAGGAGGACUUUGUGGUCUCCGAUGCCCAUCUUCGCUGUGUCUUGAGUGGACUGCAAAGUAUCUCCAUUACUCGCAUGUGGGAAGCGGCACUCAACACGGCACAAUUCAUCAUGACGGAAUAUCAUGUCUUUCCGGAUGAGUCAUCAGUGGAAAAACUCAUGUUGAACCUUCACGCCGCAUCGUGGGAACGUGCCUUUGAGGUGGUGAAACUAUAUGAGAAAAAACACAUUGCAGUCCCCUCACAGACUCUACGUGAUUUGCAAGUAGUUGCAAUGAAGCACAGCUCAUGGGAUGUAGUACUAAACUUAAUGCAGCAGAUUGAAGAGUCUGGAAAACAACAAGCUGGUUUUAUGAAUUAUAUCUAUUGUUUGCGAGCCUAUGGCUGUGCUGGGAAAUGGAAGGAGGCUGCAACGCUUUUUAAACAUAUGAAGAAUGUGCAGGGUGUUGAUGAACACUCUGUAUAUAAUGAGGUGACUGUUGCUGUCCCUGUUCUUGGUAUGAUGGACCGUCAAAAGUGGGAAUGUGUUUUGUUUUUUGUGAGGGAAAUAUGCCGCCAGUGCGGUGAUGAACUCACGAAAGAAGGCCGAGAGGUGACUCUGGCAUCUGUUUUACUUUCAUUUGUGCAUAUGGGGAACACCGUAGGUGUGGCAUCCUUCUUAAACACAUACAGUGGAGACAAGAGUAAACUCCCCAAGUCUUCUUCUUCCUCUUCCUCUUCCUCUUCCUCUGCUGCAGAUAUCUACACUCUGGAGGAUAUUGUACAGUUGCAAUUCCCACCCGCUUCUGUUGAGGAACUCCGUGAGAUUGUGGAAAGAGCGGCACAGCUGCAGACACUGCUUGGCAUGGAACAUCUAAACGCACCCAUUCGUUUAGUCUUUGAUCUCCUCGCUACUGAACAACACCGUCGCCAUCACCAGGCGGAACAUAUCGGGCAUACCGUGCGAAAUAGUACAGUGCGGCCGUCCAUGUAUGUACCGCCGCAACACGUGCAGGCGCAGCAGGAGCGACUGGCGACGGCAUUGGGAGAAUUCGUGCGGCGUGAUGAGAAUCUCUUCAGCGGGGCUGCACAACAGGCAGUGGCAGAGGCAAUGUCGAAGAUUGGCGCAGGACCGGCGUACUUGAAGGCUGCGCUAUUCUAA